AUGGAUUCGAUCAGCAGCUUGCUAGACGACGUAUACGACCGUGUUGGAACUCCAAAUAUGCCUGCUAGACGAACCCCGGCCAAUGGAGCAAACGUUGGACGUGACUUCCGCAGCCUUUUCCAGCAGUCCGAUGUUGGAAGUGUUACUCGUGCUGUUCGGGAUUCGGUUGCUUACUCGGCAGUCGAGCCAGGACACUCCAUUCCAAAGUACCCCGAGCUGAAACUUGGCCCGAAAUUGGGCCGUACCAUCGCCGUCGACCCGACGCGAGGAGUCGACGUCAACACUGCUUUCUCCAUGAUGGAGGCUCAGGUCUCUCGAAACAACAUCAAACACGACCAGAGGAUACAGAAGUUCCAUAUUCGUCGUGGACAGAUGCGCAAGAUAGUGAAAUCGAAGCGGUGGAGAAAACUGUUCAAGGCUUCGUUUGACGUGACUGUUUUAAGAUGCAUGGAGCUGAAGAGGCAGGGGUGGUAG